AUGGACUACGAAACAGCAGAUGGAUCCCAGUUCUCCCUGAGAGAAGUCGUCUCAGAUACAGGAGAAUUCCAAGGCACGCUCAUAACAGCCUUCGUGGACGGAAAUGCCUACGCAGGAAAAUCACCCCAAAGAAUGGAAGACAUGGACGAUGUCGACGUGAUUCAAUACCUGGAGCCAGUACCACCCGAGAACGUCUUCCCUAAACUACCCGAAGGAUUCACGAUUUCACCACCUUUCGACAUCGCGGACCACUACCUCAAAGCACCGCAGUUCACAUACGAAGACAGCAAGCCUGGAAACACCUUCGUGGCGGACGUUCUACUAUCUGAAGCAACAGUGCUAGAGAGGUUGAAGCAGCACCCCCAUCCCAGUAUUGUGCAUUACUUUGGUGCAGUGACGAAAGGAGAUCGCAUUACACAUCUUUGUUUGAAGCGCUGUUAUUGCAAUCUGACGGAGUACUUUGCCGUUGGACUUUCCGUGGCGGAGCGUGAGAGAUUGCUGGUUGAGAUUCGUGAAGGCAUUGAGCAUCUGCACUCGUUGGGUCUGGCUCAUAAUGAUGUCAAUCCUGACAACGUCUGCGUUGAUGCGUUUGGCCACGCCAUCCUCGUCGACUUCGACUCUUGCCUACCAUUCGGCGAGCCCUUGAUCAAAGGCCAAGCAGGGCGCAGUCUGACCGAUGAGAAGCGGCUACUUUCUGCUCGAGAGAAUGAUCUGAAGGGACUAGCAGAUGUCGAGCACUUUCUUUUCCCUCCCGAGAAGGCCCCAGUCGAGCUACCUGAGGAUCACGAUGAUCCUGCUGCAACGACCCAGGACAAUGGAAUUGCGUGA